GAGGCCGGAGGGAUAGAAGCGCCAGUCUCGUUAUAUUCCUCUCGGCUGUCCUUUACCCUCCAGCGCCGCCCGGCCUCGUCUUUGGAUCCAAAAUCAAGGCGGAGGUAUACGAUCGGCUCCAUGGCGCUGGGUUUUUGAUCACCAUUACUUCUGGAAAGGCAGAAUAUUGAUGAAAAAGAGGACAUGGAUCGAACAAGGUUGGCUGGCAGGGUUCUGUUCUCUUUCAACAAUGACAAUGGGCGUGCUGCCCGACAGUUGCCAAACUAUGGCAAUAGUGCCAUUCAGGAUGCAUUGGAGCACUUGGCAUCAAUGGAUCUAAUUGAACUAUGCAAUGAAGCAAAAAUUGAGUGUUGCCGAGCAACUAGAGAUUUGAGGAACUGUGGACGCUACGUGCAACAUGUACUUGACUCAUGUGGGCAUGCCUCUUUAUGUGCAGAAUGCUGCCAGAGAUAUGAUGUAUGCCCAGUUUGUAGAACAUCAAUACCAAACAAUGGAGCCAGAGUCCGACUUCGUCUUUAUAAUAAAUGCAUUGAGGCUGGUCUUAUCUCCAAACGAGAUGAUGACAGAUUUCAAGAAAAGGAAGACAGCAGGGAGCAUAUAAUGGCUGAUAUUGAACGUCUAUAUUCUCUGUUUGAUGUUGCAUUAGAAAACAAUCUCGUUUCUUUGAUUUGCCACUAUGUUUCAGAUGUCUGUAUGGAUGAGAAUGCGGUGUCAAGUGAUCCCGUUCUUGCUUUUCUUUUGGAUGAAGUGGUUGUGAAGGACUGGUGCAAGCGAACAUUUAAGAAAAUCAUUCAUGAUCUCCAUGGGAUUUAUAAACAUGAUCUAGAGACAAUGCAAUCUGAGCUGUCUCUGUUGCAAAUGUUGGCAUUGCGGUUAACUGGCAUUUCUAAUGUUCUUGAGGUUAUGUAUUCAUCAUUUAAGGAGACCUUUUCAGGUCAGCUUCAUGACUUGCAUCACCUUUUGGAGAACACAUUGAAGGCAAAGCAGCACUUGGAGGUCAUGAUUUGGUGUACAAGGCAUCAAUUUCUUAAGAAUGUACAGUCACGUUUCUCUAAUUCUGCCUUAUGGAGUCUGCAUGUGCAAGAAAGAAAGUCAGCUGCAGUUAAUAGGUCAUGGCCUGAGUUUCCAAGCAAUUUGGCAGAUUCUGUGAGGUCAAGUGGUUUCACACUUUUCAUUGAGCAAGCAUUAUCAAAUCUUGGGAUGGAACAGAGUUAUAUGGAGAGAAGCAAAGAGGAAGUGGAUAUUACUUUCUUGCAGGAUGAAAAUUCCCCGCUGCUUUUCCAUUCCAAGAUAGAUGAGGCCAAUAAAGAUGGGUGUUAUCCAUUUAAAAAUUUGCGAGCUGCUACUGAUGUACUGUUUUUACAUGGAACUUCUGAUAUGGUGGUCUGCAAACAUGCAAUUUUCUUAUACUAUCUGUUUGAUAGACAUUGGACUCUACCUGAUGGUGAAUGGAAAUAUUUAGUUGAUGAUUUUGCUGCAUCUUUUGGUAUAACCAGGCACUCACUGCUUGAGUCUUUUGUUUUUUAUCUUCUGGAUGAUCAUACCUUUCCAGCACUGCAGGAAGCUAGCCAUCUUCUCCCAGAAAUUGCUGGCUCAGAAACACACCCAAAGAUAGCACAAGUUCUAUUGGAACGUCAAUGUCCUGAUGUAGCACUGACCGUUUUACGGUGCACUGGGCAUGAUGGCUUUUGCACUUAUGCAAACUCUGAGCAUGACGGCCCCCAAUGUGUCUCACUUGGUGAGGCAGUAACAGCUGUUCGGGUUAGAAUUGAAUGUGGUCUUCUUACAGAAGCCUUUAUCUAUCAGAGGUUACACUGCUUAAAAGCAAAGGAAGAGGAGUCUAGGCAUGAAUCUUAUUUGGCAUUUUCCAGCAGUUCAAAACCUGAGUGUUGGAUAUACCAGGUUGAGAUCUUGGUAACUGAAAUCUGCUAUCUCUGUAUUCGAAGGAACCUGGUAGACCGAAUGAUUGAGUUGCCCUGGAAUUCUGAUGAAGAGAGAUAUCUCCACAAGUGUCUCUUUGAUCAUGCCUGUCAAAACCCUUCAACAAUAUAUGGUAGUCUUCUUAUGGUGUUCUAUGUCCAGCGUUAUCGAUACACGGAAGCAUAUCGAGUUGAUCGCAAUCUUCAAAGCUUGGAGCAGAAUGUUCUGGGGACUGUUGAUGAAGAUGUGGCAUCCAGGAUAAUAUCAAUAAGUCAGUGGAGGGCAGAAUUAGUUGAUAAAUGUCUCAAUUUGCUGCCUGAGGUGCAACGACAAAAAGUUAUGACCACAAACAUGGCCGGUGAUGAUCAUUUUUCUUCCCAGGAUGUCCAAAUGACUCCCUCUUCUACAAAUUUUCUCCCUAUUCUUCAAACAAAUUUACAUUCUCUCCCUUCAAAUGAAAUUGAUGCAUAUGCAACUACAAAUAGUGCCAUCAGUAAUGUCCAUCUGGAAUCUGCUAGCAAGGCUCCAUCUAUUCUCCAACACAAGCUUCUUGCAUCUCUGGGAAGCCCUACUUCCAGGAUGAAUUCUGUAGCUGCUGAUUUUGUAUCUUCAUCAAGAUCUCGGGAUGGGGAGAAUUCACUGUCAAAUAAUAUUAAUUUUACAGACAGGAGAAAGCAAGCCGAUUCUAGACAACGAUAUCAAUCUGCUGACCACUCAGUUCCUAUAAAGUUUCACUUUGGUUCUCACAAUAAAGAGCUGAGUGCAAGUGUGUCUAGAGAACCUCAGGAUGACCGUCAAUUUCAAGAUGAAAAAGAUUCUGCGAGGAUGGAACCAUCUGAUGUCAUCAUCUGUACAGAAAAUUCCCAUCCACUUAUGCCCAGAAUUACCUCCAUUGAUCGCAACUAUCUAACGAACACAUCUUACAGUAAUGGUAGUUCAAAAGAAUUAAUUCAUGAUCAGAAUAUGACUGGUUCAGGCAAACAGGAUCUCCCGGACAGAUCUUGGACCAAGAUCUCAGAUGAGGCUAAUAUAAGCUCAUGGAGGUUUGAGAAAAAAGAUACAGUUGUUGGACGGAGAAGCAUGAGAGGGGGGUCCAGAUGGAGAUCUGAUGAGUCCAGCGAGGAUGAAGAGGACUGGGGGCUUAACAGAUUCAUGGGUGCUGGAGCUUUGGUUGGUAGUAGCAGGCGAACUAGAAAUUCAAGAAGAUGAAAGACAUUCCAUCUGAAAUUCAUCCUCAUGAUUUUUGAAAUUACGACAGAUUGUAAUUUUAUCACAGUUGGAUCUGUGAUUCGUGUUAUACCCAGUUAUAACCAGGCUAGAGAUUGUUGAAAGUGGUUGGUGGAGAUAGCUCAUAUGGGUGUGAUUCCUGUGGGGAAGCAGCGGCCUGUCAGUGACUACAGGAAUCAGAUUGUCCAGAACUUAUGUAAAGUUUGUUUCCUUUAGAUAGAAAAAAGAAGAAAAUUUGUAGCAUUCACUGGGAGGUUCUCUUCGCAUGGUGAGGUUGAAUGUGAUGUGGUAGGUGGUUGUCAUGCAUCUAGAAUCUUCAUGUCCUGUUUUACUGAAUUGCUUGAAUCUCUACUUGCGUAAAAAAGAUCAUGUCACCCAUGUAUGAUUCUGGAUCGUGAAGAAUUUUCCUUUUUGGAAUUUUGUUUAACAUAAUUGAAUUACAAAUGAGCAUAUUUUCUUAGUUUCAUUGCUGAAGUGCUCAAGAGGGUAACCAUCAAGAUACACAGAGUUGAUCAGUGUUAAAAUCGAGGAAUGAUGGGAUGCAAAACUCUUGUAAAAUGUUUGAUUAAGUUACAUUUUUUUUC